AUGGCGGCGACACCCUCGCGGGACGAAGCAAGCAGCAGAAUGGUCGGCGUCUUGACGAGGACAGUCGCUCAAAGCCCCGUGGUCCGGUGGAUACUUCACGCUCGGAUUCGCCGGAGAUACUACAAUGAUGUCGUCUUCGUUGGAGAAGACUACGUUCAGGUCAAACGAGUCAAAGAUGAGGAUGACCACCUCGAAUACGUGGCAACGAAGACAGAUUUCGACACCCGGAUCAGAGCAGCCAAGACUUUCAGCAAUGUUCCGCCGACGGACGACGACGAUUUCCCUGUCAAGCUGGAGGGUCAGAGUUCCAAUACGACAGAAGUACCGCCGCAGUGCAUCGUCCUGACUACAGAUUCCAACAAUCUGCUGUUCAUCCAUAUGGUUGAAGCUAGCUCUGGAACAUGGUGCUUCGUGCAGCAGGCUUGUCCCACGCCCACGUUCGAUCGUACUCUCUACCAGCCCGGAGAACACCUUGCAGUCGACCCCUAUUCUCGAGCGCUAGCUGUAGCAGCCAACGAACGCGAGGUUGUCAUCUACUCAGCGAAGCCGAAGGAACGCAUCCAACACGAAAUGCAGACAGCGGACCAGAACUGGUGUCCAGUGUCUGCUCAGCGGCCGCUCCAGGUUGACGGGGUCAUACAGCAUAUCGACUUUCUCUUCCCGCCUUUGGACGACAACGGAUCGCAUAACGAAGAUCAGAUCCUGCUUCUGCUGAUCGUAGCAGAUCAACGAAGGACGAGGGCGCUCUGGAUCGAGUGGUAUUUCGAGUCUGACCUUCACCACGCGACGGUACACCGUGGCCAACUUCUCGAAACCACCAGCUGUGUACCGAGCCUGCUGGUGCCGCUACGCAAUGCUGCAUUCCUCUUGAUCAACGGGGAUGAGAUAAUGCACUGGAGACAUAUACUUUCCGGCGCAGCGGUGUCGAGCGUCAUCCACUACACUGCUGGCGAGCCGGUAUUUCCCGGCGCUUCACCAAGAAAGCCGAUGUGGGCCAACUGGUGUCGACCUGUACGAGGCUCCGAGGCUCGAGAUGAUACGGACUUCCUUUACCUCAUCCGCGAAGACGGCGGUGUCUUCCUCUUCCACAUUACUACGUCCAGCUUCGUCGACCAUUGUCAUGCAGGCGACCUUGACUGUCACGUUGGCUCAGCCUUUGCGUCUCUUGGUCAUCCCGGAGGACCAGACAUCUUAGCAGCGGCUGGCGAUAUGAGCGGCGGUCAGAUAAAGUCCAUCGGAACGCGGUUCACGCCCUUCAAGCGCACCCAAAUGAGCAGACCGGAUAAGAUGCCUAUGGAGCUGAUUGAGACAGUACCGAACUGGGGUUCUGUGACUGAUAUGGUCACGACAACUCUGCCGGGAAAAUCAUUGCGGUCACGAGACGGCAUUUUCGUAACGUCAUGCCGGCAGCCAUACGGGGCUAUCACAGAGCUGCGGCGUGGACUGGAAGCUCCUGUGUCAAUAUGCUUCGAUAUAGACCUCCUACGAAGUGUCUCCGAUGUCUGGGCGAUACCUUUGACCGCGUCGGGUCAUAUAAUGCUUGUACUAUCUAGCCCUAUGGGCACUCGCUUGCUCGAAAUGUCCAUUGAUGCAAGCGAAGACGAGAUCACCGAGAUUGAAGACACGGAGAUCGCAAUGGACUCUGCUCACCGGACACUCACUGCAGCCUUCACACUGGAUGGAAAGAUUGUACAAGUUACGGAGCGAAGCAUUUGUGUCACUGCGGGCAUGCCGGUCAACUUUGAAGACUGCGCAAGGAUUGAUUGCGAGGGCGAUGGCGCUAAUCUCGCAGCUGCAGUCGAGCCCUUACUAUCGUUCAUGGUGGUGGCGGAGAGAUCAGGCAGAACCGAGCAAAGCUGCAGAUUGCUCUGCUGCACUAUUGAUCCCGCUGCUUCCGGCAGACAGCAGAUAAGAGAGACAGGUCAAUGUGAGCUGGCGAGCGAGCCUCUUGCUGUGGCCAUAUCGCAGCGAUCGGUAUAUGUCACAACGGCCGAUAGCAAGCUUGGCACAUUUGCCGUGGCGGAGGAUGGGUCCAUACAAGAGGUCGGUUGGCACAGCAUUCCCGGUCCUGCGGAGGCCACUUGCGACAGCAUUGUCGUUCUGCACCCUGCUGCAUCGCAAGCACCGACCAGCUCGAAAGCAUUGAUUGCGUGCGGUCUACGCGAUGGAAGAAUAUACACCCGUGCGACUGACUUGAGCACCAACGAAUACCUCGAUGACGGCCGAAUGAUCAGCUUCAGCCAGAGCAAGGUAAAGCUGGUGCAGCCAGCUUACACGCACUCCGAUGCGUACGCAAUCAGCGGCCUAGACACAUGUCUCCUGACCUGGGAUGGCGGAACGACUUCGCCAUUACAGAUCCAGAACAUCUGGUUGUCAGACAAGCAGCGACCAGAGCUGGCACAAGGCCCGACAGCAGCGUGUACGCUCAUGCCACCAGCAAAUCUGCUGUCCUCCCCGAGCUCAUCACCAAGCCUGGCCGACUCUUUUGUGGUGCUGUCCGGCGAUGAGUUCUUCGCUGCAGCGCUUGAGCGGAACGUCACGACUGUCCCCAGACAGAUACCGGUCAGUGGCACUCCAAGUCGGCUGAUCUACGCAGAGCAACAACGCUGUCUCGUGUGCGCCUCGUUGAAGUAUGAAGUCAGAUCAUUCCCAUCUUCUCUACCACACGGCAAGCCGGAAGAACGAAGGCAAAUAUACCCGGUGGUCGACUUCGUCCCAACACGCAACAACACACCUACCUAUACGCACGAAAUGCAGCCUGGCGAACGCGUGUAUGCGCUGUUAGAGUGGUCGUUCAAGCAAGCAGACGACAAGACGUACUCUUUCAUCCUCGUGGGAGGCAGCUACACCAAGUCGAGCGGCUCCAUCAGAGGUCGCAUCACUUUUCUACAGCCUAUCAACAAGGGCUGGGAAGUCAAGGAUGUCAAGGAGGGUCGCAGUAUCAGCUUCGAAGCUCCUGUCUACGCGAUGGCGCUGCUUGAUGAUUUGGUGUUCGUGGCUUGUACUGGCAAGACGGUUGUUGUCUUUGGCUUCGCCGAGGAGGAGAAGAGGUGGGAGCAGCUCUGCAAGCCCUUCGACCUCGCCAGCGCAGGAGUCUAUAUCACUGCAUCAGCACGGAAGAUCUACGUCUCCACCAGCGACGACUCACUUGUCUGUCUCGAAAUCAUCUACCGGUCCAAUGGAAGCGACUAUCCAUGCACGCUCCGACUCAGAUCCGCUGGUCCACGAGCCGAGCAACUACUCAGCCAUCUCGUCCUACCCUCUCCCUCAGACAACACGCCCACAACAACCCUCACAACAUCCAAACACGGCCAGAUCACCGCCCUCACCCACCCAAUCGCCACAAACUCCCUCUCCUCCACCCUCCUCUUCGAAGCCCAACUCCCACGCUCCCUCACCCGCCUCCGCCAAUGCAACAUCCGCCCCCGCUGGAAACCCUCCCCGCCCUUCGGCGUCCUCGUCGAUAACAUCCUCGGCUGCGCACCAGACGGCUCCCUCAUCGGCGUCACGCUGCUCGAUAAGAAGCUCUGGCGCCGAUUGAGCUGGCUCCAGCGCCUGUGUGAAUGGAGCGAAGAGCUUUCGCCGCAUUCGUGGCAGACGCCUGAGUACAGCGUCAGCGAAAGGUCGUUUGCGAGGGACGAGCGGGUGAUGCCUGUUGGUUUGGCAGGUGGGGAGAGGGAGGAAGUGGUGAUGCGGACCGGGAAGCCGAGGGCGAGCGAUGGGCAUGUAGAUGGAGAUGUGCUUGCGCGGUUGAUGGAGGGUGGGGCUGCGGCUGCGAGGGAGAGGUUGGAGGCUGUGCUUAAGGAGAUUGCUGGAGGGGAUGAUAGGGCUGGGGAGUGGGUGCGGAGGCAUUUAGAUGAGGAGGUUAGAGCUGUGCGGGAGGUUGUGGAGGUCUUGGAGAGGGUACUCGGGUGCUGCUUAUGA